AUGACUCCGGAGGAUGAAGAGAAGACUGCUUUCAUAACGGGAAAGGGUACCUAUUGUUACAAAGUUAUGCCCUUCGGGCUCAAAAAUGCUAGAGCAACUUACCAGCACCUUGCUAACAAGAUCUUUGAUGAAAUGUUGGGAAAGACGGUCGAGCCCUAUAUCGAUGAUAUGGUGGUUAAGAGUGUGAAGAAGGAGGAGCAUCCUAGACACCUUCAAGAGGUCUUUGAUACUUUAAGAAAAUAUGGCAUGAAGUUAAAUCAUUCGAAGUGUUCCUUCGCAGUUUCUUCAAGACAGUUCCUCAGCCAUAUAGUGAACAAAAGGGGAAUUGAGGUAACAGACCAGUACCAGCCUAAGGAAGAUAGAAUGAAGGCCUACAGAGAAGGUGUGGAGAUUGUCUCGCGAGGGUUCAAUCAGAUCGAGUUUCAUCAAAUACCUCACGAGGAGAAUUCUGAAGCAGAUCAGUUGGCUACAGCAGCAUUUUCUUCGGAUGAAGAUUUGGUCCGGAUUGUACCAAUCGACAUCCUGGACGAACCAAGUAUAAGCCCUCGACAGGAGAUAAUGGUGAUCCGAAUUGUCCCACGUCCUUACCUAAAAUGUUUGAGCCCCACAGAGGCUCUCACGAUACUGCAGCAGAUUCAUGAUGGGGAUUAUGGCAAUCACUCCGGAGGCAGGUCUAUGGCACAUAAAGUUCUAACUCAAGAUUAUUUCUGGCCUUACUUGGUUCAGAAUGCUGAAGAGUAUGCCAGAAGGUGUGAUAAGUGCCAGCGACAUGGUCCAAUGAAACAUCAACCUGCCGAAGAUUUGCACGCAAUGGAGAAUCCAUGGCCAUUCACUCAGUAG